AUGUAUUCAUUUUUAAUUGCAGUGCUGGGUCUGAUAGCAACAUCAUCGCUCGCGGCUCCCAAGGUACUUGCUCAGUCGGGGAGCAGUGCUUGGGAGGCCAUGAACAAAAUGAAAAUGGACCCUAAGGGAUAUUUUCAUAUCGCUAACGACGGAGUGGCACGAUCGUAUGAUGGGAACGAUAUUGUUAUCGAUUAUGUUCCCUUGUCCAACGACCAACUUAUGCAACUGCUCUCGAACCUACCAGAGCCAUGGCAGAAGGAACUGGAUCAUUUACACUCUAUAUUUGACGGCGUCGACGGACUUCAAGUUGUGGAUGAGAAUCAGUUGCUCAACCCUCCUGCUUGGCUUCGGCGUAUCGUGGAUCGUGAGGCACCUCGUUCUCGAAACCCUAAGCGCGAUGUCGAAUCUCUCCUAGAGGCCAGAGACUGGUACUGCGUGGGCCAACCUUGCACCGACUCUAGCGCUUGCCAAAUGCUUGGCUGCUCAGGUUGUGCAUAUGUUGAUGAAAUCAUGCCGGGAGGAGGAGGGGUUUGCCGUCCCUAG